UUGAGACUAUGUGAGAAUUUCGUUGGCGGUAAAAUAAAAUUGCUUUUAUUUAUAUUAGUUAUAAAUCAAAGUAGAAUUGUGUGAUAUGAAUAAUUGUGUAAAAUGGCUGAGAAACUGGAAGAUCUGAAUCUGCCCAUGUCUGUUGUGACUCGGAUUGUUAAAGAAUCUUUACCUGACGGUGUAGCUAUAUCGAAAGAGGCUCGUACCGGUUUAGCAAAGGCCGCUUCUGUUUUCGUAUUAUACGUGACUUCGGCAGCCACUAAUAUUGUUAAAAACCACAAAAGAAAAACAUUAACAGGUCCAGAUGUCUUAGAAGCUAUGAAAGAUAUAGAAUUCGACCGAUUCGUCGGGCCAUUAACUGAAGCGUUGGAAAACUACAAACAAGCUGUUUCUGCAAGAAAAUCUGGCGCUGGGAAGAAAAAAGAAGAAGCUGAAGAAAUAGAAACAAUUGAAGAAGAUUAAUAUUACUCUAAAUAAUUUGUUUUUAAUUAUUUAAUAGGUAUUUUUAGCUAACUUUGAUAUUGUCACCAAUAAAAUUGUUAAUUUUAAGGUUAAUAUCGUUUUUACAUCAGUUAUUAUGUGUACUGACAAUAGAAAAAGAAUUUAUACAUAUAAUUUUAAUUUUAAACUGAAAACAACUGCAAAUUAAACAACUUUAGUCACUCAUGAAUGGGGUCGGUUUUUGAAAUUUCAUCACUGAGGAAAUUUAUUCUAGUAAGAUUCUAUAUUAGGACAGCUUUUCCUUGAACUGAUAUAAAAACGGCUAAACACUCACUUAUCAGGUGGCGGCACCAACUAGUUUUGAGCCCAUCGGCUCAAAUAGGCCCAAUGCCAUAGCCGUUUUUAUAUCAGUUUAUUAUAAUGUCUCACGAAAGUUUGAAUAAUUUAAUAGUUUUUUCUUGCUUUAAUCUGUGCUCCGGAUUAGCUGUCUAUAGGUUCUAUAUCUAUGAUUAUUAUCCAUGUUUUAGAUAGUUGUAAUCACAUACCUUUCUAGUACUUAUUGAACUGUAUAAAAACAUAUUACUAGUUCUUUUUUUUUAAAUUAUGUUCUACAAAUAAGAUGAUAAAUUGUGAGAAUUGUAAUAAAACACCAUUUUUGUAUUAUAAUUUUAUUUGGGAAUAAAAUUUGUUGAGACACAA